AAUUAGAAGUGUGAAUUAAAUUGGAAAUAUCUAAACUCGCCUUUGACAAGGAAAAGGGUUAGCCGAGAAAUAUGUGUGGAUGUGGGUGUUUAUAUAUACUUUUCAAUGGACGACUAUAAAUAUGCUUGUAUGAGAAGACAUAGAGAGGAUAUAUAUAUAUAUAUAUACUCCAAUUAAGAUCGAUAUCAUGAAGAAGGAUAAUCUAAUUCUGAAAUUCAUGGUUACUUGUUGGUGUCUAGUUAAUCUUUUGGGUGGAAUAUUGGCACAAAGUAAGAAUGAAAGUAAUAUUGUAGUGAAAGUGGGAGCUGUAAUUGAUAUUAGCAGUAAUGAAACGGUUGGGAAGAUAGGAUUGAGCUGCAUAAACAUGUCACUCUCAGAUUUCUAUCUCUCUCAUUCUCAUUACAAAACCAGAAUUCAACUCAUCGUAAGGGAUUCUCAUAGGGACGUCGUCGCUGCAGCUGCACACGCUUUGGAUCUCAUAAAAAAUGAGGAAGUGCAUGCCAUCAUGGGACCAAUAACAACAAUGGAAGCAAAUUUUGUGAUUCAACUAGGAGACAAAGCUCACGUGCCCAUUGUAACAUUUUCAGCAACAAGCCCUUCACUUGCAUCACUUCAAAGUUCAUACUUCUUUCAAAUAUCACAAAAUGAUUCAACUCAAGUUAAAGCAAUCACCUCAAUUAUCCAAGCUUUUGGAUGGAAACAAGUGGUUCCCAUUUAUGUAGACAAUAGUUUUGGUGAAGGACUUAUUCCUUAUUUAACUAGUGUUCUACAACAAGCCUAUAUACAAGUUCCCUAUCUAAGUGCAAUUUCUCUUUCAGCCAAUGAUGAUGCUAUCACUCAAGAACUUUAUAAAAUAAUGACUACUAUACCCGCUAGAGUAUUUAUUGUGCACAUGUCACCAAGUCUUGGCUCUAAACUUUUUACCUUAGCAAAAAAAAUUGGGAUGAUGAAUCAAGGCUAUGUUUGGAUAGUAACCGAUGGUAUGGCUAAUUUGUUUAAUUCAUUGAGUUUUAAUGUGAGGGAAUCAAUGGAAGGAGUGUUGGGUCUUAGGACUUAUAUUCCUAGAACAAAAAAACUAGAUGAUUUUAGAGUUAGAUGGAAAAGUAAAUUCAUAAAUGACAAUCCAAAACUUGUUGACACAAAUUUGAACAUUUUUGGAAUAUGGGCUUAUGAUGCUACAAUUGCAUUAGCAAUGGCUAUUGAGAAAGUUGGAAUUGGAAACACCAAAUUUGAUUACAAUGAGAGUAAAACAUCAAGCAAUUAUUACAUGCCUAAUUUUGAAAAGUUUGGUAUUUCACAAAAUGGUGAAAAAUUGAGUGAAGCUUUGUCAAACACUAGAUUUAAUGGUCUUAGUGGUGAUUUCAAUCUUCUUGGUGGGAAGUUACAAGCAUCAAUAUAUGAAAUAAUUAAUGUGAUUGGUGAUGGUGAAAAGAGAGUUGGAUUUUGGACACCAGAUAAAGGGUUGUCUAGAAAUUUGGAUACAGAAGGCCUAAUAGGCAAUAAUAACAUUAUGUAUUCUUGUUCGAAAAAUGUUCUUGGGUCAAUCAUAUGGCCAGGGGAUAUGUACUCUAUUCCAAAGGGAUCGGAAAUUCCUACCAUUGGUAAGAAGUUGAGGAUAGGAGUUCCAGUUAAAAAUGGAUUUAACUACACUGAAUUCUUGAAAGUAACAUAUGAUCCUAGUACCAAUUCAACACAAGCCACUGGCUUCAGCAUUGAUAUCUUCAAAGCUGUGCUAGAUGUUUUGCCUUAUGCCUUACCAUAUGAAUUUGUUCAAUUUGCAAAGCCUGAUGGUGAGAUGGCAGGAACCUACAAUGAGUUGAUCAAUCAACUUCACGACGGGAAAUUUGAUGCGGUAGUGGGGGAUAUAACAAUCACUGCAGAUAGGUCAAACUGUGUUGAUUUCACAAUGCCAUACACAGAAUCUGGUGUGACAAUGGUUGUUUCAAUGAAAGACAGCAGAAAGAAAAAUGCAUGGGCCUUUUUGAAGCCACUCACAUGGGAUCUUUGGGUGACAUCAGCUUGUUCAUUUGUGUUCAUUGGAUUUGUUGUUUGGGUCCUUGAACAUAGAAUAAACAAUGAUUUCAGGGGACCACUCUCUCAUCAGAUUGGCACAAGCUUAUGGUUUUCCUUCUCAACUAUGGUCUAUGCUCAUAGAGAGAAAGUAGUGAGUAACUUGGCAAGAUUUGUGGUGGUUGUAUGGGUUUUUGUGGUUCUAAUUCUGGUUCAAAGUUACACUGCAAGCUUGACUUCUCUCUUAACAGUUGAACAACUAAGGCCAGCUAUUACAGACGUUAACCAACUUCUAAAGAAUAAGAUGAAUGUUGGCUAUCUCAAAGGUUCUUUUGUUGAAGGAAUCUUGAAGGACUUGGGUUUCGAAGAUUCUUAUCUCAUUACUUAUCAAUCUGCUGAAGAAUGUAAUGAGCUUUUUAUAAAAGGAAGUGUAAAUGGUGGCAUUGAUGCUGCUUUUGACGAAGUUCCCUAUAUUAAGCACUUUCUUGGAACUUAUAGUUGUUCAAAGUAUGUCAUGGUUGAACCAAGAUUUAAAACUGGUGGCUUUGGCUAUGCUUUUCCAAAAGGCUCACCUCUUGUGGCUGACAUUUCAAGGGCAAUCUUAAAUGUAACUCAAGGAGACAGAAUGAAAACAAUUGAGAAUGCAUGGUUAAAGAAAACUAGUUGUCUAGAUUCUAACACAGAAAUUUCCUCAAAUAACAGUCUUGGACUUGAAAGCUUUUGGGGUCUGUUUCUCAUUGCAGGGAUUGCUUCCCUAUUAGCACUCCUAAUCUUUGUUAUCACAUUCCUAUAUCAACACAAACACAUUUGGCUACCCAAUAGUCCAAGUAAUUCAAUAUGGAGACGAAUUCGCGUCUUGGUAAUGAUAUUUGAUCAAAGAGACUUAAACUCUCACACAUUCAAGAAGAGUGGAAAUAAACAUGAAAGCAGUAAUAGUCCUCAUCAUGAUGAUUUCGGUGCAGUUGAGGCCUCUCCAGGUACACAUUGUCCGCCUAGUCCAUCUAGUCAAACUGAAUCAAACGUUUCCUUGAAUGGCGAUUUUAGUCCAAACACGGAAUUGGAUGUUGUACAAAUUACUAAUCAGGAAGUUUCCCCUGUGAACAACUGUGAAAUUGACCUCUAAGCAACUUGAUAUCAUCUACGAUUGUAACAUCAAGCUCCUAAUAAUUGUAUUGAUUCAAGAUUAAUAUUAUGUAUAAGUUGUGAUAGCACAAAGAUAUAGAAAUUGGCCCUCUCUUUGCUACUGUAUAUAUCCAAGGAAACUAAUUGACAACA